UUAUCCGGAAUGGCUCAUUCUACUUCUGAAACUCGUAUGGGAAGCACACGUUUGCUCUAAAAUUUCCAGUUUAAAUUUCCCAUUUAUUUUCCAUAAAAACACACUACAAAUAACUCUAAUUUCAAAAUUUCAAGUCGAUAUUUCGGUAUAAGUGUUCGAAAGAGUGAUCUGAAAUGUCGAGCUCGGCGAGAAGUGUGGUUGCUGUUCGGCAUGGGUCAGAAAUAGGAAGACAGCUUAGACAAUGGCCUAGGACAGGAUUGGCUUUAAGUUCGAAACCGGAACGAAUGGAUAUUAGAAAGGCGGCCCAGUUGGAUGAGUGGGGGCACGGGACACUGUCCAGGAUGAAGGCGGGUGACCGUGAGCCGACGGCCACUAGUCGAUCGGCGAGGCUGGACUACAUGGAGGAUGCGACUGCCAGGGCCAAGAUUCACAACAGUCGCUCCAUGACCACCUUUAAAAAGCGCAACCGUCGCUUAAUAACGGAUCCUUUCAAGCCCCACGCCAUUCCAAUCGGGAGGUCCUGGCCGGUUGCAUCGUAUAAAGCCAGGGAAAGCCAAUCGAAGAGCCUACGGAAUCAAAUGUCUAAGACUAAUAUCGCCCUGUACCAGAAGAUUGCCGAAAAGAAGCGUAUAACCCAAAGGCUUCUUGAUCUAUUUCUUAAUUGAUCUUUUUUUUUUUGGAGCCGUUCUUCGCUGACUUCGAAUACCACUCGCAUUUAUUCUGGAAUUUCGUAUUUCAUGUUUUUGAAACAUUGUUUUUUCGGUUUUCUACAUUUGUAACACAUUGCAAAUUUAUUUUUAAAUAGAAAACAUU